GUAGCCGGAGCACAAAAGUCGGCGCGCGCCGUGCGGAGACAGGAGCCGGGGUCGCGCCCCUUUAUUUUCUCCUCAUGCAUUGACUGGCUGGGGCGCGGCGCCGAGCAGUUGGAGCAUGAAGAGAGCAAAAGCCGGCGCAUGGCGUGGCGAUAUGGGUGCAGGCUGGCGCCCUUUUUUCUUUCCAAUCAGUGGCAGUAGCGCGGCGCCGAGCGGCACGAGCUGGCGCAUUGUUUGUCGCGCUCACACCAUGCGAGGCAUGUCUAAAGACGCGCCGGAAUUGCAGCCCCAAGCGAGUGAACGUAAUCUGGAAAGCUCAAGCUAGUAAGCAUGUAAACCGCCAACUGAUGUUCUGACGCGAUCGCGAUUCUUUCGACAUAAUUUAGUGGAGAGCAAACAGAUGAUGGAGCGAGUAGCUCGCCGCCUUUCGCAGAUGUUUCACAAAGAACCAGUCGAAAAUAAAACUUCUUCGCAAGAUACUGAUGCUUCGAUUUGAUAUUCAUUCGUGACCCCUCAUAUCCUGCAAAAAUGUCGAGCGUGUCGUUCGCAGGGCGUUCUUUUGUUUUUUGCCUAAUUCUUGCCACGUGGCUGCGUGUGAUUCCGGAUCUAGUGCGUUUUCGGCGGAGCAAUCUAGCAGGGAAGAACCUUCGCGUGAGCAGGGGAGCCGCGACCGCUAAUCGGGAAAGAACGGUAAGCGGUGCCCUCGCUUCUCAGCAGAGAUUCGCGUCCCCUCCACGACCAUUAACUUCUUCCGAGGCUCUGUCUCAGGCCAAGACGGUGCGAAACAACAUCCGGAAGUACCUGGCGCGACAGCAGCUGAACCAGUGCCACAUCCCGGCAGUGUGCCAAGAUCGCGAGACACUGAUUUCCGAAACGCCGGACGGACGCAGAUGGCUUCGCACGGACCCGACUGUCUGCUCCAUUAUCGUUGGCGAGGUCAAGUGCAAAAGCAGCAAUCAGCACGCAAGACUCCUGUCCCCGCGAAAGCCUCCGUGCUCCUGUCACGCGGGCCGGCCGUUCUGGGGGCUCCCCGCUACGAUUCAAGCCAAACCCGACUUGGCCACCUGUGCAGCGGAUGCGGAGGUGCUGUUUCCGACAUUGAAUGCGCAGCAAUCUGCCCCUGCUGUGCCGCCUACUAGCAGCAGUACUACCGCUAGCGGCGCCACUACACCCGCGAAUAAAGCGGCCGCUCGAACAUUUACUGACGAGAACCAGAAGCAGCAACGGCAGGCAGACCUGGUUCGCUGGUUCGGCGAAGCGAAAGAUGACCAGCAAUCCUGCGGGUCCUGCUCCUCGUGCACCUGCGAAUUUGAUCCCGUGCCGGCGUCUGGUAUUUUCGCCUACUUCAACUUCGUGAAACGCCGCGUGUUCGACAACUUAUACGGAAGUGUCACGACGACAGUCACCGCUUUGGUUUGUGUAGAUAGACGUACUACUAGACUGGUGCGUGGUGAUGUGAGGGGCUCCUCUUCAUCACGUUUGACUUGUUCAAUGUUUUUUCCAGGGUGGGAUUGGGAAUAUGAUACAUCUGCGGGUUAUUCAAGAUUGAUAGUACCGAGCGCCACCACCAGCACUAGCACGUCGCUGAUAUGCAUUUGACCCGUAUCUAAUAUGACUGUAUUUCCAGCUCUGUCGAUCGGACUUUUUUACGCAAUCGUCUUACGACUUGCUGUGGUUUGUCGCUCCCCACCUCCUUUCAUAGCCUUUACAAGAAGUACCUCUUCCAGAAGUCCUCUGCGCCCCCUCAGCCGGGAGCUGUUGCGACGGAAACAAGAAAAAUCUUCCCGGGCCCCAAGACCACGAUUUCCGGUGUGCCCUCGGACGGGCGGAUCCGGGUUUUGGCUAUCGGCCUCGGCGUUGGUUGGAUCCAGCAGACGUUGACGCGCCUGCACCCCGCGUUUGACAUCCUCACGGUGGAGCUGGACGCACACAUGCUGCAGACCGCCAAAAGUUUUUUCGGCCUCGGGCGGACGAUGGAGCUCGGCUGGAAAACCGACGCGGACUUUGACCGAAUCAAGAAAGAAUUCGAAGAACAGGGGGCGCCGCAAGAACUGACCCAGUAUGUCGGACGCAAUCGUGUAGUGGUGUCCGACGGCCUCGCAUUCCUGGAAAAGGAAGCGCGCCGGCUCCUCCUCGGCGAGGGAGACAGAUUAUCUCCUGGAAUGACAAGCAAGGCAGCCUCCAAAGAAAACGACCGUGUUUUGACAUCAAGUGCAGUCACAAGAGACGAGACGGAGACCGCAAGAACAGCCGCAACUACUGCGAAUCUUCACGCCUCCGUCCGAGGAUCAUUGAUGUACACCACGAAAAAUGCCACGGCACAUCAUGUCAACAAGUACGACUUGGUGAUCGUCGACUGCUUUGAUCCGCUGGGCCACGUGCCUUCCCCGAGCUGCGUGUCCGACCGCUUCACUACAGCGGUUUACAACGUGUUGAAACCGAAGGGAGUGAUGCUGCAAAACACGCUGAACACGAUGCCGCCGCGCAAGGCGGUGGAAAAAUUGAAAAAAAGAUUCCAGAAGGUCACGACGGAGAUAAUCCCCUCGUGUCCGAACGUGUUAGUGAGGGCGGAGAAAGUUGUGGACGUCGUGAAUCAUGGAGGACAAAGAAAUCUUGAUGCUGCCGGGAGGCCCUAUUCUUCCGCUGCAGCUGUUGGCCAGGAAAACAAGAGUCAGAAGGAAAAGAACGGAAGAGAUUCUGGCACUACCGCGAAUAGAUCUGAUGUAGGUGGUAAUGCUAGCGGGGAUGGAAAAACAGACCCUCACAUUGCGCAUAGAUCAACAUAUUCGCAACCGCAUCAAGACGCCCAUGAAUAUUGAAUUUUCUCAGAAUAUCGAUCUGCAUCUGCUACGGGUUUGCGCUUGCGCGUCUACGCGCAGGCCCACUCUGUGUUCCGUCCAUAUCACUGCUUUUAUUCAACACAACUCAUAUUAACCAGCAACAAGGAGCGCGUAUGCGCAAGGAUCAGAAC